GCCACUUCGUCGUCAUGUUCGUUGGCCAGUCGCAAAGAAACACUCGAACUGAGUGCACGACGACGGAGCCGAAGCAGUGGCAAACGCAAACCUCAAACCAACUUUCGUGUCUUAUACCAAAAAGCCAACAACAUUUUUAAGCGCACUGUUUAACAUAGAGCUCCCUUCCCUCUCUCUGCUACACACUUGCCAGUUUUUUGUAUAAGGCGUUGUCGUGCCGUCUGGAGAAAGGCUUAGGCUGAAAUUUGCACAAGAAAGACAAAUAAAAGAUAAAAAAAACUCCACGUUUAGUUUCACUAUGCAAACACAUUGACAUUAAUUCUUGGACUCAAAUGAGCUGAGCUCGUCGCAUCAUUCGCCUUUCAGGGCUAUCGGGUUCGGUGAGACAAAAGCGCCGGAGCCCAAAUAUCAAACCAGUUCAAGUGAUUGCAGUUACAACAACAACUAAAGCAGCAGCAACAGCUGAGUUAACGAUAGCCAGAGAGAGAGAGUGCGAGACGCAGGCGCACGUGCAGAAAGCGAGAGCGCAGCAACGUUAGCGUCGGCGUCGCGUGCUUCGAAUUGGGACAAGAACCGUUUUUGGAAACAGCGCAGCAGCAGCAGCAAAAGUUAACGUUGUUACAGUGAUUGUCAAACUGCGAGGGCUGGCGACAACGUGCGUGCGUAUAUGCUCUAAAACUGUGAAAUUGCAUCAUUUUAAAUAAUACAUAUAAAAGCGACACAAAAGAAAAACAAAAACGAAAACUAAACCAAUUGCCAACUAACAACAAUGUGCAAGAAAUCGGUAAUCAAAAUUGGCAAACAGUUGAAUUGUGUGAAAACAGCAAAAGCACCAGCAACAACCAUAAAUUAUUGCCUGCUGCUAAAAUAAAAGCGCAGCAUUGUUCGCCCGCAGCAGCAGCAACAACAACAACAAUAACAACAACCACUAUACAUAAGAAGACUGUUUGUUUUGAAAAAAUGUCCAAACUGUUGAAAAUCAAUUCACUCUCGUUGCUGCUGCUGAUGGUGGCUGCGAUGCCCCCACAGCAACAGCAACUGCAACUACAGCAGCAACAACAACUGCCAGCAACAAUUGCUGCAAUGAGCAGCACGGCAAAAACAACAAUGCUUUUAAAUGCAACUGACAGCGCUGCCACUUUCAUCGAUAGCAACUACAGCAGCACUAGCAGCAACAACAAUAACAACAACAACAACGUCAUGAGCAACAACAUAAACAGCAACGAAGCUUCCACCGCCAUCUAUGAGCAACAGCAGCAGCAACAACAACAACAACAGCAACAGCCUGUGCAAUAUGCGCAAAUAACGGCAUUAGAUAAAGAAGUAGUUGAACGGCUAAUCAGGCAGUGGGCGCCAAUCGUGUGGCUAGCGCCAGAGGAAAAAUUCAUGCCGCUGGGCGUGGAGGAAUUCCUGCAGCAUGUGCAUCCCAUGGACAAGGAUAGUAGCUUCACACCUGGCAUGCCCUUCAGUGAAUACUCGACCAAAUCGCACCUGGUGACCAAUGGCGAAAUGGAGGACCUCUUGAAGAACGAGCAGUCCUUCAUCUACGGCCGCAAUCCCAAUGAGGCGCCAGUGCCCAUUUAUGGCGUGGUCACGUUGUGUCCACCUCCGCCCAAAAGRGAGCCAGAGCCAGUACCAGUACCAGUACCAAUACCAAUGCAACCUUUGGCCAGCACACGAGGUCCCUACAUCCCUGUGUCCAUUGAUCCGCUGGAGGAACGCAAUGAGACGGUGCGACGCUCGUCGCGUCUAUUUCCGCUGUUCCAGCGCGUGAAGCGAGAGGCACCUGGCAGGCUGGAUUACGGCCCAAGGCUCGACUUCGAUUUGAUGGAGCAGACCAAGUUGACCGGUGAAGCCUUACCCGUGAUGCCAAUGGUAGAGCACCAGACACAGCAACAACAGCAGCAGCAGCCAGAGCCCGAGAUGGACAAUGGACUGCCAGUGAAUAAUUUUAUAGCCAAUCUGGCAGACAAUGUGAAAUUCAGCGGUGGCGGUGAUCUGGACGACAAUAUGGAGGACAACAACAUUGGCGACUCACAGCCCCAAAACACAAAGAGAAUCAAGGGCCAGCUGCCUAGCUUCCAUGUCACCUAUUGGAUGUUCUACCCAUACAGCCAGGGCAAGACGAUGUGCACGCUGAGUCUGGGACCACUGGGCCACAUUCCCUUUCCAGCUGUCUAUGGAUACUGCCUGGGACGUCGCCGGGAUAUUGGCAGCCAUGUGGGCGACUGGGAGCACAUGACAUUGUACUUUAAUGGCAACUCCGAGCCACAGGCCAUGUAUGUCUCUGCCCACGAUGCGGGCGCCUACUACAGCUACAGCCAUCUGACGGGCGCCUUUGAGUUCCGGCGACAAGAGACGCGCAAAGGCAUUCUACAGCGACCCAAUUUUCCCAAAACUGUAACAACAUUUAAUAAUCAUCCGGUACUGUUCGCUGCCAAGGGCUCCCAUGGCCUGUGGACGGCGCCCGGGAAGCAUCGAUUCGUUAAGGUCGCUCGGCUAUACGACAUCAAUGGCUUCGGCACGCCAUGGAACACUUGGAAGGCCGUCGACAUAAGCUAUAAGAACUUGCGCUCGCAUGGUCGCGCUUUGGUUCCCGACUGGCUAACCUAUCGCGGCAAAUGGGGCAAUCCCAAGAGCAAGUGUCAUCCCUUCCGCCGCAUUGGGCUCAACUUUUGCGAGUUCACCGACGGUCCCACGGGCAUUCCACUGAAGGAGCCGCACUUUCAAUGCGGCGCCGACUAUCGCUGAUUGAGUUGGCCCAACUAGUGUUAAGAUUAUCUCUAGAGAAAUAUUUAUUGUGAAAGUCCCAGCCCGCUUCUUACUCCCAAAUUCAUUAAAGAUGGCCUGAGAAACGUAAUUAGCUUUUGUUUUCUAUGAGUUUUCUGAAUAUGGUAUAAAACACGCUUAUCUUCGAAUGUCGCAAGAGAUUUACGUAGCUUUCUAUAUAACUACUUUCAACUCUAUAAU